AUGUCUUCCUCAUUUGAUGUCAAGUACUGCUCUCUUUGCGACGCCUACUUCUACAGCCAGGAAAUGCUCCAAGCCCAUAUAUCAAGCUCUCGCCGGCAUCCCAAGUGCUUAGCAUGCAAUAAAAGCUUUCUAAACAACAACUCGCUCCGUAACCAUUUUGUUCUCUCUCCCAAGCAUCACUACUGUCGCAUCUGCCAGAAACAUUUCAAGGCCGCCUCCGGGUUGCGCAUCCAUCUCGAUUUCGCGCAUGACGAGAGCGAUGAGGAGGAUGACCUGCGACCCGAGGGAUGGGAGGACGAACAAGCAUACGAGGAAGACCUCGCGCUUAGUGGGAACGAAAUACCCAUCCCUGAAGAAGAACUCAAUGCACUAUCCAUUGGACGAAGUAAUCUGGUUGAAUGGCCAGACCCGACCAUCGGAGCCCUGCGACUGCGGUGUCCUAUUUGCCUUUCGCAUCGCAGUGAUAUGUCGGCGACCCGCUGUGGCCAUAUCUUUUGCUCUGCGUCAGUUUUAUCUCCAUUUUCAAUCAAGCACAACCUCAUGAACAAGUCAGCUGCAUUACUCACGUUCUCGAAGACACAAAAUGGUGUCCCUCUUGUCGUCAACCUGCGAUCACAGCUCAGUUGCGCGCUCUGUCUUUGA